AAAACUAGCAAAAUUGUCCAAAGCCUAUUAAUGGAGUAAGAAUCCAAGUUGCAGUUGCCUAAAUUUACCAUUAGAUUUCCUGGAAAACAAGAGAGGAAAUGACAGCGUGAAGAUCGUGAAAAUGGAGAACCCCAUCAUCUUGAUUACAAGCUCAGAAGAUGAAGCAGAAGGAGAUAUAAAACAAAUGAAAUGGAGAUCGAAGGUUGAUGAGUAUAGAAUGAUUUCUGAUCUGAGUGGCUCUGAAAACUUAAAAGAAAUGACGGAGGCGGAGGGUUCAGCGAGGACGAAGAAGAGAAAAAGGGCCAAGAAGAGUAGAAACGGUGCGGUUUGUGAAGAUGAGUAUAGAAUUAUUUCUGAUUUGAGUGGCUUUGACAACCUUAAAGCUAUGAUAGAAGCUGAGGCUCUCGUGAGAAGAAACAAGAUGGAGAAGAAGAAAAAGCUCGAGCCUUUAAAUCAAGAGGAUGCCACUGCUAAUGCUGCAAAUGAGAAAGAUGAGCUAGGCAAAAAGGAAGCUGUGAAAAUAGUUGAAGCAUCAAAACCAGGAUCAGUUCAGGUGUUAGAAAUGAUUGAACCCCAAAAUUUUGUGAUUGAUGCUGUGAAUGAAAAAGAGGAUGCCAGCAGAAUUACAACUGGCAAAACCACAAAAGGAAUAGGAAUUGAUGAUGGGGUAAAUUCUUCUGAAUUGAUCAAUCCAUUCUUGCCAUCCUCAAGAGCUGACCGAGCAAUUUCAGAUGUGAGCUGCAGCAGAGGCAUUGAAGAUACAGUAGGGGCCGCAGUUGGAGCGAGGGAGAAAAGGAGGAGAAGAAAGAAGUCGAAAAGAAUCACAGAACAGAAUGAGGAAAUGAGAGGAAAUAACAGUGUGAAGAACAUAAAAAUGGAGAACCCCAUCAUUUUGAUAAAAAGCUCAGAAGAUGAAGCAGAAGGAGAUAUAAAGCAAAUGAAAUGGAGAUCGAAGGGUGUUGAGUAUAGAAUUAUUUCUGAUUUGAGAGGCUUUGAAAACCUUAAAGCUAUGAUAGAAGCUGAGGCUUUAAAUCAAGAGGAUGCCACUGCUAAUGCUGCAAAGGAGAAAGAUGAGCUAGGCAAAGAGGAAGCUGUGGAAAUAGUUGAGGCAUCAAAACCAGAAUCAGUUCAAAUGUCAGAAAUGAUUGAACCCCAAAAUUUUGUGAUUGAUGCCAUGAAUGAAAAAGAGGAUGCCAGCACAAUUACAUCUGUGGAAACCACAAAAGGAAUAGGAGUUGAUGAUGGGGUGAAUUCUUCUGAAUUGAUUGAUCCAUUCUUGCCAUCCUCAGGAGCUGACCGAGCAAUUUCAGAUGUGAGCUGCAGCAGAGGCGUUGAAGAUAUGGUGGGGGCUGUAGUUGUAGUGAAGAAGAAAAGGAGGAGAAGAAAGAAAUCGAAAAGAAGAACAGAACAGAAUAAGGUGGAUGCUGCCAAGGAAGAAGAUGAUGCAAAAGACAAUGCUGUGCUUCGGAUGCUUCUUCGGAAACCAAGAUACUUUGAUCCUACAGAUUGGUACUGGGUAACAUGUUCAAUUUGUGGAAAAGAAAAUCACACUGAAGCGAGCUGCAAAGUGCGAAAGCGGAAGAAGGCAUGCUUUCUUUGUGGGAGAUUCAAUCACAUUUGGAAGUAUUGCAGACAGGGCCAGGAUUGCUUUAUCAGAAACAGAACAGACCAUCUUGUCAACGGUUGUCCGGAGACCGGCCAGAAGAUCAGCCCAAGUUCUAUUAUAUGUUUAAUAUGCAGGGAUUCAGGACAUGAUAUGUUUUCGUGUCAGGGCGAUUACAGUGCCGAUGAUCUGAAGGAAAUACAAUGUUACAUCUGCCAUAAGUUUGGUCAUCUCUGUUGUGUCGGAUUUCCAGAUACAGCGCAAAACCAAAUUUCCUGUUACAACUGUGGGGAAUCCGGCCAUCUGGGUUCUGAAUGUCCAAAUUCCUGCGAAGCUAGUGUUGGAACAAAUUCACCUGUCCCUUGCUACAGGUGCGGCGAGAAAGGGCAUAUUGCCCGCCAAUGUAGUACUAAUUUGAAGGGUAAAUCGAGAGCAAGACUGAGAAUCUGUGAUAUACUACCCACAAGCACAGCCAUGACUCGCACAGGGUCUAGUUCCAUUUCUGAUAACUUUCUUCAAGCUCAAGAAAGGGAAAACAAUCCGUUAUGAUACAUUUUUUUUUAUAAUAAUAACUAAUUUUUUUUUAAUUUUCAGAGUUGUAUUGUGCUUUGUUAGAUUAAAUUAUUUGAAUUUGUAACAAGUCAAUCAACACAUUACCCUUUGAUAUAAAAGUUAGAACCCUUAAAUGGAUUAAAAACAAA